AUGGCAAGACUUAUUGAUGAUGCUGACUACGAUGCCGGCAAAACGUCUGGGAAUGUACCAAGUCCACGGUCCGACUCUGAAAAUGCUCAUGGAUACUAUGGACUCGGGGCAAGAUUCGUUCCCUUAGGUCUUCCUGCUAAUCUGACCAAGUUGCGAAACCAAGGUAAAACAACUUCUAUUAACUAG